AUGGGCAUGACGCAACCUCUCUCGCAUGGUGGCCAGAUGCCCUCUCCGAACGCCAUGCCACCCAACGUACCUCCUCAUGGAGGCCCUAUGGGCGGGGGGAUGAUGCCACACACUGCUAUGAUGGGUCACGGCUCCCAGGAUCCUCCCAUGGUGCCUCAGGGACGCAUGGCUUUUGCCCAAGGCUUUCCUCCAGUCCAGUCGCCUCCACAAGUUCCUUUUCCACAUAACGGCCCUAACGGAGGCCAGGGAAACUUUCAGCCCGGGAUGGGCUUUCCAGGAGACGGACCUUUAAAUCGUCCUGGCAACCUUCCGCCAAAUGCAGACCCAGCACUUUGUAAGUCGGGUUGCCCCACAGGACCAGAUUCCUUUACUGUUAUGGGAAAUAAUAUGUCUUCAGUUUUCACAGACCCAGACCUACAGGAAGUUAUCAGACCAGGGGCCUCUGGUAUUCCAGAGUUUGACCUAUCAAGGAUUAUUCCAUCCGAGAAACCCAGUCAAACACUGCAGUAUUUCCCUCGUGGGGAAGUCCCGGGCAGAAAGCCGCAACAAGGACCUGGUUUUUCACAUUUGCCUGGCAUGAUGGGAGAGCCAAACCCAAGGAUGGGUCUUCCAAUGGGUGGCAUGGGAGGUCCUGGCCCAGUGGACAUGCCUGGCCACAAUUCUAUGAGGCCUCCAGGUUUUAUUCAGCAAAGCAUGAUUGGACCUCACCAUCGCAUGAUGUCACCAGCACAAUCAGGAAUGCCUGGCCAACUAACUAUGAUGGGAAAUCCGGGAGGGGUGGGGAUGAUGCCGGGAAAGGAGAGAAUGCCCGGAGUACUAUAUAGUCACCCAGGACCUGUGGGAUCUCCGAACAUGUUGAUGUCAAUGCAGGGGAUGAUGGGACCUCAACAAAACCUCAUGAUUCCCCCUCAAAUGCGCCCACGAGGAAUGCCUACUGAUGUUGGGAUGGGUGGUUUCAGCCAGGGACCUGGCAAUCCGGGGAAUAUGAUGUUUUAA